AUGAACAAUAUUACAAUUCGUAAACCAUUAUUUGAAGUGCCCAAUGAAAAUAAGAGUAAUGUUCUGAAAUAUGAAAAAGACAAUGAUUUUAAUAAUAAAAAAAAUGACCCAUUAAAUUUAAAAAGCUAUGUAAGUUCAACUUUACCAUAUAAAAGAAUUGAAAACAAUUAUCAUAAUUGUAAUAAUACUAAAUAUGAUGAAAAUAAUAGGAAUGAUGAUGAUCAUAUACCUUUAGAUUUAAAUGAUAAAGAAAAUAUGAACUUUUUUGUUAAUAAAAAAAAUAUACAUAACACCAAUUUAAACUAUAAUCAUGAUAAUAUCUUACAAUCUUAUAGAAAGGGAGAAAUAAAUACAAACUAUAAUAUUAUGGAUAAUAUGUAUGAUGUAUAUUAUAUUAAUAAAAGUAAAGCUAAUCUAAAUGACUAUCUAAAACAUGUAAAUAUUAAUCAUACUGCACCAUGUAUUGGAGAAUUUAGAACAUGCAUGAACUGCUUUUUAAAUAUUUCGACACUCUUCUGUAAAACUUGUAAUAUUUUCUUAUGCGCAAUUUGUAAUGUAAAAUUACAUAAUAAUAAAUCCAAUCAUAUUAUAAAUGUAGCUAGUAGCGGAUUAUAUGAAAAUAAUGUUAAAUUCAAUGAUAUUAUUUUAAAAGAAAAAGAUAAAUGGCUUGUUGAAUUAGAUAAUAGUAUACCAAUAAAAAUUAGAGAAAAAUGUUCUGUUCAUACUAAGGAAUAUAUAAAAUAUGUAUGUAAAACUUGUAAAUAUACACUACUGUGUGCAGAUUGUUUGCUAAAUGAUCCUGUACAUGUUCAGAAUAAAAUGGAAAAUGACACCAACAUAAUGCAAACUUUACCUGAACAAAAUAAGAAAAAUGAACAAUUUUUACAUGUACAAAAUAAAAAAAAGGAACAAUUUUUACCUGAACAAAAUAGAAAAAAUGAACAAUUUUUACCUGAUCAAGUUCAGGAAAAUGAUGAUGAUAAAAAUGGAUCAAAGAAUGAUAAGGACCAUGUGAAUAGUUUAUUAAAUACCAUUAAGGAUGAUGAAAAAAAAGAAGAGGUUAAUAUAAUGAAUGAGAAAAAUCAAAAAGAUAGUAAUAAAAACAAAAGAGAAAAUCAAUAUAUAGUUAGUAUAUAUAAAAAAGAAGAGACACCUGAUUCAAAUAAUAAAGGUCAUAUUCAAAAUGUCAUUUAUAAUAACGACAUUGAUAAAUUAAAACCUGGAUUUAAAUUAAUUAGAGGGAAUCACGAAAUUCUAACAUUGAUUGAUGCAAGAAACGAAAUAAAAGAAGAAUUAAAUAACAAAUUAGAAAUAUUGUGUAAAAAAUCUCUAAUUUUAAAAAAUACAUUGCCUUCAUUGAGAAAUAUUUGUAAAUAUGGAAAAAUCACAUGUAAAAAUAAUAAAAGAUCCAUACGAUCUGGAUUUACUGUAACAAAUAAAAUAUUGAAUGAUAAAAAAGUUAAGAUUCAUAAUCAUUUAAAAAAAUUACAAGACAAAAGUACGAACUUUUUAAAAAAGUUAGAUGAAGAAAGAAUAAAUUAUCGAAAUUAUUUAGAAAAGAAAAGAAGUGAAUUACAACAUAUGAUAAAAUUGAGUAAUAAAAAUGCAGGUUUGGCAUUAGAUUAUUAUGUACAGAAAUUAGAAUCAUUUAAAUGUUUAUUUUUUACAAAAGAUAAUUUAAUAGAUAUAGAAAAAAAAUUGGAAGUACCUCAUUCUCAAAUAAAAUCAGAAUGUUUAUCAUCUCUAAUAGAAGACAUGAAAUAUGAUAUUUUAAAUUCAAAAAUGAAUAUACAAAAUACAUGUCAGAAUAUAAAAAAUGAAUUUGAAUAUUUAUUUAAUUGUAAUAUAGAAAUUCCUGUAUAUCCAGUACAUUUUAGAGAUUUUUUAAAAAAGAGAACAUUUAAUAAUAAACAAGAUGUUGACUUGAUAAGUAAUGAUAAAAAAAAAAGACAACAAUAUUUUCAUAUAUUACCUUUUACAGAUUUUUAUAUGAAUAUUGAAAUAUCUUAUCAAAUGAAAUGUAAUAGAAAAGAUUCAUUGCAUUCAAAAUGGGAAAAAAGGACAGUGUCCGUUCGUUCAAUAUAUUUAUGUAUUCAUACACAUUCAAAAUAUAUACACUCUGAUAAAAAUCAAAAUGAUGAAGUAGGGGAAGUAGUAUAUGAGGGGGCUCACGAAGAAAUGAGUGAACAAGGGAAGAGACAUAAGAAAAUGAUAGGAGUAGAUGGAAUGGAAAAUAUGAAAAAUAAUGAAAAUAAUGAAAAUAGUGAAAAUAUUGAAAAUAGUGAAAAUAUUGAAAAUAUUGAAAAUAUUGAAAAUAGUGAAAAUCUUAAAAAUAUUGAAAAUCUUAAAAAUAUUAAAAAUAGUGAAAAUAUUAAAAAUUACCAACAUGCAGACAAUAUAAGUGCUACACUUUCAAAUCAAGACAAGUGCCUAAUUCAAAAAAACAUGUCAAACAAUUUAAAUAACGACAUCGAAUCUAUUAUAUGUCUUAGCAAUGUUGAAAUAAAAAUGUUCAAUGAUCCUGAUAUUACAAAUAUAACUAUAUUAGAAAAAAGAAAUUAUUCUUAUGGAAUAGAGCUAACUGAAUAUAAUGAUAAAAAAGAAUUAGUUGGUUAUUGGCUUUUAAGUGUAAAUAAUGAAAACGAUAUGAAAGAAUUAUAUCAUAUAUUAUGUACUAUUAAAAAGAAAAAUCCUAGAGCUGCUCGUAUACCUUCAUUUCAUCCUAAGAUAAAUAUGAAUAAUUCUAUAUUUAAUUAUCAUGAAAAUAAUAUAAGUACGAUAUAUAAGAAUUUUUCAGCAAAUCUUAUUGAACCAUCUUAUUUUAUUAAUACAUCUCACAAGGAUAUAAAUGAGAAAAAUAAAAAUUUUAUAGAUCAAAGUAUAAGUGAUAAUAUGAGUGAUGAGAAGAAACAAUAUGAUAGUAUAGAAUCCUUAACAGAUAGUGAUAAAAUAAAAAAUGAUGAAUUUUAUAAACGUUUACAUAGUUCUAGUUUAUUAUAUUAUUACGACUACAACGAUGAUAAUAAUAUUAAUAAUAUGAAUAAUAUGAUUAAUAUGAAUAAUAUGAUUAAUAUGAAUAAUAUGAAUAAUUAUAUGUAUCCUAGUAGUAGUAGUAGUAAUAAUAAUGAGAAUCAUAAAUAUGUUCUACAAAAUGAUAAACGUCUUAAUAUGGAAGAUUUUAUUAAGAACAAUUUAAAAAAUAAAGUCAUCGAAAAAAAUUUUAAGUACACAAAUAAUGAUAAAGUAACCAAAAAAUACAACCAUCAAGGAUCAAAUAAUAUUAAUUCGAAGGAUGAAUAUAAUAUAUAUUCAGAUAAAAAAAAAAAAGAAGAUGAAUUAAAUUUAAGCAGGAAGUCAUCACACGAAUAUGAUAAUAAAAUAUUUCAUUCUACAGGUAAUAAAUCUUUGAAUGUUUCUCAUGAAAAUAAUUUAUGUACUGAAAAAAAUAAAAAUAAAGGAACUGUAUUAAAGGAGAUAGUAGAACAUAUAAAUAAUAUAGAUGAAAAAUAUCCUCAUGAUUUAAAUAUAAAUUUUGUAAAAAAAUAUGUAAUAGAAGAUGAAGAAAAACAUCUACUGCCCUUAGAAAUGGAAUAUAAUUUUUUGUCUAGUGAUGAGAAAUUUGGUUUAAAUAAAUUAAAAAAUAACAAUGAUACAAUAUAUAUGAAACAUCAAAAUGAUCAAGUAUUAUAUGAUAUGAAUAAAAAUUUAUCGAUUCAAAGUAAUAAUAAUAGUAUAUAUAGUGAAAUGAAAAUGAAUCAUUAUGCAGACGAACAAAAUAAUAAAGAAGAAAGAAAUUAUGAUAAUUUUACAUAUACACAAAAAAAAAAUUACCAUAUAAUAAAUAGUGACAGAGAAAUGAAUUAUAAUAAUAUUAAAUAUACAAAAAAUGAAAAAGAAGGAACUCCAAAUAUUCAUCUUAAUUUUAAAUGUAAUGAUAAUAAUAUAACAAACGCUCGACUUUUUAAAUUAGAUGAUGUUAAAGAAUUUCUAGACACAUUUGAGGAUUCAUAUAUAGAUAGUCAUAAUAAAAAAGAAAUCAUUUUAAAUAUGACAGAUAAGAAUAAAGAAGAGCAUAAAAUAAUGUAUGUAUCUGAUAAAAUAUUUAAUAACACUAAUAUAAAUAUUAUGGAUGACAAUAAAAUACAUGAUGAAAAAAAUAUACAUAGGAAUAAAAAAAAAUCUACACAUAAUGAUAUCAUAAAUGAUAAUAUUAAUUUUUUAAGUAGUUCAAUAAAAAAUAAUGAAGAAAAUUUAUUUUUAGAUACAUAUCAAAAAAAAAAUAUCAUGGAAGAUAUUUAUAUGAAUAGGAUUAAUACUCAUCAAGAUGAUGAAGAUGAUAAUGAAAAAAAACAAAAAAAGUUAAUUUUAUUUGAAUAUUCAAAAAAUGAUCAAGUGAUACAUAAUAAUAAAAAUAAUUUAGAGAGUAUAGAAGAAUUCUCUAACUUUAUUGAAAAAAAAAAUAAAAUAAUAAUAAAUGAGUCUUACCAAAAAAAAGAUCAAUCAUUUGUGAAUGAUGGAAAAGAUAAUGAAGUGUCCUUACAACUUAAAAAUAAUAACAAAGAUUCUUCAUUGGUAGAUAAUAAAAAAAAAAAUUUUGAAAUAAUAAAAAAGGAAGAUGAUGCAUAUGACUUGAAAUGUUCCUUACAAAAUAACAACAACAAUAAUAAUAAUGUGGUUAUAACAAAUGAGAUUAGAGAAGAUAAUGAAAAAAAUGAUAUUUAUAAAAGAGACAUUAUAAAUAUUAAAGAUGUAAGCGUAUCUCCUCUUAUAGAUAAUCGUCAUAAUUUAAAUACCAUGAGAAAGGAUAUAACCAUUGAACCUUUCAAAAUAAUAAAUGGAAAAAAUAAAUUAAUAAAGGAUUUAAAAAAAAUUCAAGAACAAGUGGAAAGAAAAAUAAAGAAAUAUAAAAUACAAAUGGACCAAGAAAAUAAGAAACCCCCACCUUCAAAAAAUAAGACUAAUAUGAAAAGUAAAAAAUUAGAGAUAGACGAUCAAGACAAUAUGGAUUCUCCAUGCAUUGUAGAUUAUGUGUUAAAUCAAAUAGGAAACAAAAAGAUGGGUCAAUAA